GUACGUUCCGUCCGGCAUCAGCCUGGCCUCCAACGUCGACCUCAACCCCAUGCUCCCGUCCGCCCUGAGCGAGUCCCGCAUCGGCGGCGGCCUCUCCGCCGUUGCGGUGUCCCCAAACGGCACUCGGGCGCUGGCGCUGAUGGGCAAGCCCCUGGGGGACCCCGCAGGCGGCCAGAAGGACUCCCACUCCGUGCUGGCCCUGGACUUGAACGUUGAGAACUUGGACGACGUCCGGGUGAACGGCGUGUAUGUGUACAUGUUCGAGAACACGGAGCUGGGGGCCUGGCAGGAGAGCAAGACGGGUCCGGCGGACGUGGUGGUGUCGAGCGCGCAGUGGGCGUCCGCCCGCUUGGGGUCGGGGCACGAGAACUCGACGGCUCCCGUGCUGCUGGUGAUGGAGAGGAAUACAUACAACCAGAUGAAGAUAUUCCUCGUGGAUUUUUCAAAUGCGACGGACAUUAGUGCUGAUCUGGAGGCGUCGCCAUUGAAAUUCGACAGUCUCGGUACGUAUCGACAAACCGACAAGUACUACCGGGCAGAGAACAUCACGCCAGCUUUAAAGGUCCUGGUGCUCGACUCCGCCGAUGAGUCCCUGGACCCCACUGGCCAGCCACCAGUGGGCGCCGUGGCCCUCAGCAGCUGCGUGCUGGCCACCGCUGGGGACAACUCCCACGGACUCAACGGCAUGGGGGCCGUCUCGAUAAACGUGGCGCAGCUGCCGCGCUGCCUGGACACCGUGUACAACGACAGCGUGGUGAACAGGGAAGUCGAAGUGGUGGGGGACGUUGUCGUUAAGUACGGACUCACGGGGGAGGCGGCCACCAGCCUGGAUCUCAACGGCAUACGGAGGGCCGUGGCGGAGGCCUUCGACAUCGACGCCUACAAUGUGGAGGUCAAUAUAACAUACGGCAUGAUGGGAACGAUGAAUCUGGACGUCGACGUGCCUGCGGCGGCCCUGUCGCGCAUCCUGGGCCUGGCAUUCGGGAGCAAGUUCGGCAUCGACCCCGCCAUGUUCGAGAUCCGGCAGGCCCCGGCCAGGCGGCUGAGGCUCCGCAAGGCGCUGCAGGACGCCAACAGCACGGUAGACUUCGGUGUUGAUGGCAUCACGGACUCUUCCAUUCUGACCACGAUGCAGAGCGGCCUGGACGCCUUCCUGGAGACGGGACUUGAGGGUGAGCUCGCAACCGUGGAGAGCGACCUGGGCGAGAGCGACAGGGCUUUUCUGGGCACGGUCGCCGGCGCGACGAUCUCCGCUUCCAACACCGAAGUCAACGCCACGGUGGAAACUGUGGUCACUGUGUCCGCCAAUUCCGCUGAGGCUCUUUCCGCCAGGGCGGAGUCGUUCUCUUCUGAUGAAGGCCUUCAGUCCCUUAAAGACGCGUACACUGAUCAAGGAUUUGAAGCCAUAAGGUGA